UAACCAAUUGGAGUCCCCGAUGACUGCUAGCUCCGUUAAUUGACGGCGGUAGUCUCGCUUUCUUGCACGGUUCCGCACUCUUCCUUUCGUGGAGCAAUAAAAAAGCCCUAAUUCCUCCUCCAUCCCAUUCACAAGGUAUUUUCCCGGUGACGGUCAAGCAGCCUUAGCCUCCUCUCAGCAAUCGUUCCCUUCUCUUGCUCCAAACGUAGAAAUCCAUGGCGAAGAACUCGUUCAAGUUGGAGCACCCUCUUGAGAGGAGACAAGCUGAAGCAGCUCGCAUUAGGGAGAAAUAUCCAGAUAGAAUUCCUGUGAUUGUUGAGAAGGCUGAGAGAAGUGAUAUUCCAGACAUUGACAAGAAGAAGUAUUCUGCUGAUCUUACGGUGGGACAGUUUGUAUAUGUUGUUCGGAAGAGGAUUAAGCUAAGUGCUGAAAAGGCAAUCUUCAUCUUUGUGAAGAACACCCUUCCCCCUACAGCUGCUAUGAUGUCUGCAAUAUAUGAAGAGAACAAAGAUGAAGAUGGCUUCCUCUACAUGACUUACAGUGGCGAAAACACCUUCGGUUCUGCGUUCUAAGGCAUCAUGAGGUCUUUUGUAUAUGGAAAAAAAUAUUACGUGCUCAUAAGAUAGGUGCGGAUUUGAUAAUAUUUGUGGUGAACAUCUUCACAAUACCAUCAAAUCAACUUGUCGGUUGCGCACGGAAUAUUUCCUCCUAUAUAUGAGACCACUAAAUAAUGUGUACAUUCCCUCUUAUCUUCUCCUCUUCUUUUCGUCAUCUUCUUUCCCAGCUAUGAAUCCCUGCAAUAUUUACAUGCUUUGUGGUUUAAUUCUGAAUGUGUAAUAAUGUCUUUAGUUGUUCAACACAGUCCCAGAAAAUACUUAUAUUUAUGCUUUUCUAA